GGGAGGGGCGGUGGGCGGGGGCACCCGGCGGUGGGCGGGGCCUGCGGGCGGAUUAUGUCAGCCCCGCGGCAGCCGCAGCCCCGAGCUGGGAGCGGCGAGAGCAGGCCCCCGCUGCCGCCGGCCCCGGCCAUGGCGCUGCCCCGGGGGCUCGGCCUCCUCUUGCUGCUGGCGCUGGGGGGGCCCGGCGUCUCCAUCAUCAUCCCCCCGGAGUACGGUCUGCACGAGCUCCUGCAGCCCCCCGAACUGACGGAGCAGCCCCCGGAGCAGCUCGUCGUCUUCCCCAGCGAUGAUGUCGUCCUCAAGUGCACUGCCACCGGCAACCCCCCCAUCCAGUACCGUUGGACGCGGGAGGACCAGCCCUUCGUCCCCGAGGAGCACCCAGGGGUGACGGUGGCCCCCGGCACGGGGACGCUGGUCAUCAACGCCAGCCUGGCCGGCCGUCUGCAGGGCCGGUACCGCUGCUUCGCCGCCAACACCCUGGGCACCGCCCUCUCCCUGGAGGCCCGCGUCAUCGCCGAGAACACGCCGCAGUGGCCCAAGGAGAAGGUGAUGCCGGUGGAGGUGGAGGAGGGGGAUCCCGUGGUGCUGCCCUGCGACCCCCCCAAGAGCGCCGUGCCCCCCAAGAUCUACUGGCUCAACAGCCGCAUCGUGCACAUCGCGCAGGACGCGCGGGUGAGCAUGGGGCAGGAUGGGUUCCUCUACUUCGCCAACGCGCUGGUGGGCGACAGCCACCCCGACUACAUCUGCCAUGCCCACUACCUGGGGCCCCGCACCAUCAUCCAGAAGGAGCCCCUCGACCUCCGCGUGGCCCCCAGUAACUCGGUGCAGUCUCGCCGUCCUCGGCUCGUGGUGCCCCAGGACCCGCAGCCCCCCCACGUCGCCCUGCGGGGGGGCACCCUGGUCCUCGAGUGCAUUGCUGAGGGGCUCCCCACGCCGGCGGUGCGGUGGCAGCGGCUGAACGGGCCCCUGCCGCGGGGCCGAGCCUCGCUGGAGAACUUCAACAAGACGCUGCGGCUGCGGGCGGUGGAGGAGGCGGACGACGGCGAGUACGAGUGCGUGGCCGAGAACAGCCAGGGCCAGGCGCGACGCAGCCACCUCGUCACCGUCGAGGCGGCCCCGUACUGGGUGCGCCGCCCCCAGAGCGGGGUCUUCGGCCCCGGGGAGACGGCGCGGCUGGACUGCCUGGUGGAGGGCAAGCCCCGGCCCCACGUCGCCUGGCGCCUCAACGGGGUCCCCAUCGAGGAGGUGCCGGGGUCCAGCCGGCGAGCGGUGCGGGAGGGGGCACUGGUGCUGUCCCGCCUGGAGCCCAACGACACGCUGGUGGCCCAGUGCGAGGCCCACAACCGCCACGGGCGCCUGCUGGCCAACGCCUUCGUCUACGUCGUGGAGCUGCCGGUGAAGAUCCUGACGCCGGACGAGACGCCGUACGCCGUGGUGGAGAACCAGACGGUGUUCCUGCACUGCCGGGCUUUCGGGGCCCCCGCGCCCACCGUCGAGUGGCUGACCCCGGGGCUGGAGCCAGCCCUGCAGGAUGACCGGGCCUUCGUCUUCACCAACGGGACCCUGCGGCUGGGCCCGGUGGCGCGGGGGGACGGGGGGCCCUUCACUUGCCGGGCCCACAACGCCCACAGCAACGCCAGCAUCAUCGCCCACCUCGACGUCAAAGUGGCUACACGGAUCGAGGUGCCCCCCCAGACCGUGACGGCAAAGAAGGGGGAGACGGUGACCUUCCGCUGCGUGGCCGCCUUCGACCCCGGGCUGGCCCCCCGCGGCCUCGAGUGGCGCCGGGACGGGCGGCUGCUGCGCGAGACGGCUGACAGCGACAAGUACUCGCUGACCGGGGACACGCUGACGGUGGCCGGAGUGGACUAUGCUGACCAGGGCAGCUUCUCCUGCCGCGCCUGGACCCUCCUGGACGCUGUCGAGGCCGAGGCGCAGCUCCGCGUCGUGGGCCGGCCGGGCCCCCGUGCGGGAUCUGCAGGUGCUGGAGGUGGACGAGCGCCAGGUCCGGCUCAGCUGGACCCCAGGAGACGAGCACAACAGCCCCGUGGAGAAGUUCGUGGUGGAGGAGGAGGAGGGCAUCUUCGCGCCCGGACGCUUCGUGGAGCGGCUGACGGUGCCGGGGGAGCAGCCCUGGGCCCCCCCUCACCCUCUCGCCCUACGGCCGCUACCGCUUCCGGGUGCUGGCGGCAAACGCCUACGGCCGGGGGGAGCCCAGCGCCCCCAGCGCCCCCAUCUCCACCCCCCCCGCGGCCCCCGAGCGCAACCCUGGGGGGGUCAAGGGUGAAGGCAAACGAGACCAACAACCUGGUCAUCACCUGGCAGGUACCGGGGACCCAGGCGUCCUGGAAAGGGGGGGGGGGGCUGUGGGGAGCCAGGGGGACCGGGGAUCCCAGCUCGGGGGGCUGGGGGACCCCA